UGAUUUUUAAAAAUAUCCUGUAAAUCCAAAAUAUAUGACCAAGGACAUUAUAUCAGAUUUUGAUGAGAUAAUAAAUUAUCUGUUACACAGGAAAUAUCCUGCUCAUAUGUCUGGCGAUAAUGGCCGAAAGCGCAACCUCCGUGUUAAAGCUAGUAGAUAUAAAAUGAUAAAUGGUAAAUUAUUUCACCAUCUUCAUAAUGGCGAAGUAAUACUUGAUAUUAAUAGAAGAAAGUAUCUUCUAAAAGGAGUUCAUGGUGGAUUUGGUUCCAGUAUUCAAGCAAUAUCUCUUGCUGGUCAUUUUGGAAUUAACAAGACUUACAGCAAAUUGGCAGAUAGCUUCUGGUGGCCAAAUAUGAGAGAGGAUGUAGUAAAAUACGUUAAUUCUUGUGAUAUAUGUCAUGGAAUCAUUAGAAAAUUUGAUAAGCCUAGCAAUAAUUUGUCAAUUGGUCGUUCAUCAAAGAAGACUAUUUCUGAGAGUGAGCUAUCAAACAGGGCAAUUGCAAACAAGAAUCAUGACCAGUCUUUAUAUCUUCAUAAAAAGAAUGAAUCUAGGCCCAGGAGAGUUCGUGUUGCAUCAACCAUGACCGAAGAAGAUGUUUCUGAAACUGUGAUUCCUACCAAUCACAACUUAUCUGGCUUGCUAUGUUUGGACACCCUUAAAAUCCUUAUCACGCCAAUUGAUGAUUUAUCUCAUGGAAUCUAUAAUGGCGAGCCCAUAGAUGAAACGAGAAUUAAUACAUGCACCACCUUUGAUAUCUUAAACAAUAUUGUGAAUGGUAAUAAUGCUGCUGAAGCUGAUAUCAUCGAAGAAAAUAGUGAAAAACCCAGUCAAGAAAUUAAACCGAUUAAUAUAGUUGAUCCAAUAGUACCCAGUACCCGAAGAAAAUCCAAAGCUUCUUCAAAAGCGAUUACAGGAGAAAAUUUAUCGAAUUCAGUGUGCACCAGUUUACAGAAAGAUGAAGACGAAAUCCUGGAAAGUUUGAUAUGGAAUCAUGUCGAUGAUGCUUUGGAUAAAAUUAUCAACCAGACAAAAAUUCUUAAAAAUCUUCUCUCAACAAUACGAAAAAAUAAAUCUUGUACGAGAAAUAGCAAUAAAAAGCUCAAAACGUUAGACCUGUGCAAAAAAUUAAACGAAAUUUCCGAAAGUCUUAAAUAACAACGAAAAGAUUAAUCGAGCGCCUUACCCUUAACUUUCGAUAUUAUGAUUAUAUUCCUAAUCAAUAUUAUCUCAAAGAUAUACCGCUUGUUUUUAGAGAUCGCAUUUCCUAUUUAUAAAUUAUAGAUUCAAAAUGUCA